UCUAUCAUAUUGAGAAAAAACCAAAAAAAGAAGAAGCUAGGGAUGCCGGAAUCGGAGCCAGUGACCCCUUCGGCGUCGGCGCCGGCGACGCCUGGGACUCCAGCGCCGCUGUUUUCAGGGCCGAGAGUGGAUUCUAUGUCAUAUGAUCGCAAGUCAAUGCCGCGGUGCAAGUGCUUGCCUGUGAACGCUCGCACUUGGGGUCAAUCUCACACGUGCUUCACCGACUUCCCCACUCCCACUGUCUCUCUCACCCGCAAGCUAGGAGCUGAGUUUGUCGGAACCUUCAUCCUCAUGUUUGCAGCAAGUGCCGGACCAAUUGUGAACCAAAAGUACAACGGCGCAGAGACGCUGAUCGGCAAUGCGGCAUGUGCUGGACUUGGGGUGAUGAUCGUGAUCUUGUCCACGGGCCAUAUCUCUGGUGCGCAUCUAAACCCAUCUCUCACCAUUGCCUUUGCUGCCCUGCGUCACUUCCCGUGGGUUCAAGUCCCUGCCUACAUUGCUGCUCAGGUUUCAGGCUCCAUUUGUGCCUCAUUUGCUCUCAAAGGAGCUUUCCAUCCGUACAUGUCGGGCGGCACGACGGUGCCUACUGUGAGCACUGGCCAGGCCUUUGCACUUGAGUUCAUCAUCACUUUCAAUCUCCUGUUUGUUGUCACUGCUGUUGCCACUGAUACCCGCGCUUUAGGAGAGUUGGCUGGUUUAGCAGUUGGGGCUACUGUCAUGCUGAAUAUUCUUAUUGCAGGGCCAUCGAGUGGUGGUUCAAUGAACCCUGUCCGCACCCUAGGCCCGGCUGUGGCCGCCGGAAACUACACCAAAUUGUGGAUAUACCUGGUGGCCCCCACCCUUGGAGCCCUUGCCGGGGCAGGUACCUACACGGCAGUGAAGCUCCGUGAAGAUGAGGUGGACGAGCCUGUGCGCGAGGCCAGGAGCUUCCGUCGCUAGAUGGAUAUAAGAGGAGUGCAUAUGCAGGAAUAUAAUCUCUUGUCAGAUAAUUCAACAUGUUAUGUUAUUCGACCGUUAAUCUAAGUCACAUUUAUUGAUUAACAGUUUGAUAACAUAACAUGACGAACAUAAGACAAGAGAAUAUUCCUUUAUAUGCAUGGUCCUUGCAAUUAUGUAUGAAUUAUAGGAAGAUUUGAUGAUAGUGAAGUGAUAGCUUAAGACAGAUUUUAUAAAGAAUAAGGGCGGGCUGGGAAUAUAAAUAUAUAUAUAGGAUGUGACACAAAGUCUUUCCCCUCCCCUGGCCCGCGACUUUUCACUGUAAAAUAGUGUGCGUGUUUGGUGUGCGCGACGGGCAUCAUCUCACAAGGGUCGUUGUCUUGGAUGGACGCCUUUGAAACGUAUGUGAUUGGUGUUUGUCCGGGGCCCUUUGAGAAGA